AAAAAUCGAGGUAACUUAAAGGGCACCUAUUAUACAAAAUUCACUUUUACAAGAUGUUUUUACAUAAAUGUGGGUUGCCAGUGUGUGAACACAACCAACAUACAAUGAAAAAAUCUAUUCACCUCUUCUUUUUAAAUCCCCAUUAAACCAAAGCAGUCUCAUUAGACAUGCUGUUUUGAUUCUCUUAGCAAUGUGAUGUCACACUGCUAAAGCCAUAGUUUCUGCCCUUAGUUAGUUGGACGUUGUCUGCUGUCUUUCUGUGAUUCUCUGCUAAAAAUCAGACCUAUUUUAACCAACGCAUCUGUUUUGGUAAGGGAGCGAAGAGCAAUAUCUCAUCUGCAUUUAAAGAACAGUCAUGAAGUCUGGAAUAUACAUGAUAUUAGUAGUCGUUUCCUGUGUUGUUUCUCAAGAAGCAGAAGAACCGAUAUCCUAUACGCAGUGCUCUGAAGGCUAUGAAUAUGAUCCCAUUAAAGAGGUAUGCAAAGAUAUUGAUGAGUGUUCCACUGUCACUGAUGCCUGCAAAGGGGGCAUGAAGUGCAUAAACCAUUAUGGUGGAUACCUUUGCCUCCCUCAAAAUGCCCAGAUCUUUGUCAGUAAUGGGGAUGAGUCUUUACCCCAAACACCACUGAACCCACCAAACCCUCAGGCACCCCAGUUGAAGUACAGAGGUGGAGGUGCAGCCAGAACCACACGCUGCUCGCCUGGUUUCACUCUGGAUGAGGAAAACUUCUGUCAAGAUGUAGAUGAAUGUUUCAUGGGUCAACACAGCUGCAGCACAGAUCAGAUCUGCUUUAACACCAGAGGAUCCUACACCUGUCAGUGUCCUCCUGGAUACCAGAAACAUGAAGAACAUUGUGUGGAUAGAGAUGAGUGUUUGCUUUCACACUAUUGCAUGCACAGAUGUGUCAAUACUGCUGGCUCUUAUUACUGCCAGUGUAAUGAUGGCUACCAGCUUGCCAACAACAAUCACAGUUGUGUAGAUGUGAAUGAGUGUGAUCUGAUUCAGCCGUGUCAUCAUCAGUGUUUGAAUCUCUUGGGCUCAUAUAUUUGUCAUUGUGAUCAGGGUUAUGAACUCAGCUCAGAUUCAAUCUCAUGUGUAGACAUCGACGAGUGUGCGUUCUCCACUUACAUCUGCCAGUAUGUGUGUAUAAACCGAGCAGGUGGAUAUUCGUGCACUUGCCCUGAGGGAUAUCAGCUGCAGGGAACAAGAAUGUGUCAAGACAUGAACGAAUGCGACGGAGGCCAUGAGUGUAGAGAUGACGAGAUGUGCUGGAACUAUUACGGCGGUCAUCGUUGUUACCCACGGAACCCAUGUCAUGAGCCUUACGUUCUUUCAUCUGAAAAUCGAUGUUCCUGCCAGUCUGCGAGUGCGUGUCGAGGCCUGCCACUGUCUAUUCUUUACAAAUACAUAAGUAUUCAUUCAGAGCGCACUGUACCGGCAGAUAUCUUUCAGAUCCAGGCCACAUAUGUCCUCUCCAAUGCACACUACAACUUCAGAAUCAAAGCAGGCAAUGAUGGAGGAGAGUUCUUUCUUAGGAGAUUGAGCAGCACUGGUGCGAUGCUGGUCUUAAAUAAAUCUCUAGAGGGUCCACUGGAGCAGAUUGUUGAUCUGGAGAUGAUCGCUCAACACAAAGUGUUAAACUUCAGAACAACUUCUUUAUUACGUCUCACCAUCAUUGUAGGGCCGUAUCCGUUCUAACUACAUCUAUACUGGACAUUAUACUACAUCUAUACUGGAUAGUACAUACAUAUAACACAUCUAUACAGUACAUACAUUCAACGCAUUUAUACUGCACAGUACAUACAUACAACGCAUCUAUACUGGACAGUACAUAAAUCCGUACAACCUAUCUAUACUGGAACGUACAUAUGUACAAGGAUCUUUACUGGACAGUACAUAUAUACAUACAACCUAUCUAUACUGGACAGGUCAUAAAUGUGUACAAUGCAUCUAUACUGGACAGUACAUACGUACAACGUAUCUAUAUUGGACAGUACAUA